GCGCGCCGGGUGACUUUAACUGCGUUUUAAAUGGGAGCCGGGGCAGGAACAUUCAGCGAGUUGUGGCAGCGGUCUUCAAGUGUCAUGUCUGUUCCCCCGCCGUGUCCGUCAGAUAGCUGGUUGAAGGAUGAUCUCAACUUAUAAUUUUCCAUGGAAGGUGUGUAGAAAAUUGAAUAUUUGUUGUUUAGGAACCUUGGUAUAAUUGAAGUGUAAAACACUUGAAGAAAACGGGAUUGAGAAGACAUGGACAAGAUUUUGGAAGCACUGAUGUUGUCCUGCCAUCCGACGUCUGUAAAGUAUAUUCUUGUAAGACGUAUUUUAGAAGCAGCAAAAGAACCUCUCAACAGUAAACAGUGCAUAGCCAUGUUUGAGUUGUCUACAAAGUUCAUUCUGUUGAGUGAUACACAAUUCCAAAAGGAUGUGGGUAAGGAGGUUCUAGAAGCUUUCGCCCUGAACCACUCUGCAGACUUUGAGAACUUUUUAAAUGUACAAUUUAUCUCAAAGCUUAUGCAAGAUGGUUAUGGAACAUUGAGCAAAGGAAGCAUUGAAAUUUUAGAAUACAUUCAGCUAGGAUUAAAGUAUAUUCAAGAUAAUCCAUCUGCUGAUGAAGUAUUUCAUGCCCUUCAGAUUGAGCUUCUCCGACUAGUGUGUGAGAAGCCUGGAUCAAAGCUGUGUGCUUGCAUUAGUAAAAUUCUUAUUCAGUAUCCUCGGUGCAUUCCUAGUGGAAAGUUCCAAGUGGUAUUCUGCCAGCAACUUGUUAGAAGUAUAGGGCAGUUCCAAUGUAAAUCACAAGAAGAAGAUGAAAUUGUGGAAUUCCUGGAUGAAGUAAACAAAGUAAGCGGGUUGUUGCAAAGAAUCUGGCAGACACAAACCGCAGCUAUGAUUCCAUCCUUGCAGGAGCUGUUCGCUGUUAUUUCAUCAACUGAAGUAUUUGAUGGUCCUUCAAAUGCAUUGGCCACCGUGGUCCAGUAUGUGCCAUUGGAAAUCAUGGAUGGAGUCAUUCAAAACUUGACAAAUGAUGAUUGCAUCAUGGAUAUAGAGAUGAUGACUGCUUUGACCAAUAUGAUUGAUUGGCUUUCAUGGCCAUUAGCCAAUAACAUAGAUAAGUGGAUUAUUGGCUUACUGCAAGGUUUGGCUGCUGUGAAAAAGUUCAGCAUUUUGAUUGAAGUCACGCUGUCAAAAAUUGAACAGGUGUUCUCAAGGCUCUUUUUCCCAGUUGUAAGAGCAGGAGCACUUUCUGUGCUAAAAUACAUGCUUUUAAGUUUCCAGCAUUCAUCGGAAGCAUUCCAUGUGCUUGUUCCUCACAUUCCCAGAUUAAUGAUGUCACUCUCUAAAGAAGAGUCCAACUCUGCUAUGAGCUGUCGACAACAACUCUCUGAAUUGGUACACUGCAUGAUCUUUCGGUUUUCAGGCUUUCCUGAUCUAUAUGAACCUGUCAUACAAGCACUAAAGGAUUUUCCAAUUCCAAAUGAGGAAAAAAUAAAGCAGCUGCUCAAUAAGAAUGCCUGGAUGUCCCAAAAAAAUGCAUUGGAACCUUUGUACUCAAGACUUGCUGUAAAAUCGGAUACAGGAAAGACAGGACUGGCAAAUCUUGGCAAUACCUGCUACAUGAACAGUGUCAUUCAGGCCCUUUUCAUGGCUUCUGACUUCAGGCAUGCAGUUAUGCUACUCAAAGAGAGUGAUUCUCAGUUAUUAAUGAUGAAACUUCAAUGGUUAUUUGCUUUCCUGGAACAUAGCCAGAGACCUGCCAUCUCUCCCAGUAGCUUCUUGAAAGCUUCAUCUCCUCCAUGGUUUAAUCAAGGGGCGCAACAGGACUGUUCAGAGUAUUUAAGAUACCUGUUGGACAGGCUACAUGAAGAAGAGAAGGCUAGUAAAGGAAUUUCUCAUGGACAGAGACAUUCAGGCAAUGAACCUCGUAUAGAAGGUCGAGAUCCAGAGAAAACAUUAAUAGAAAGAAUGUUUGGUGGAAAGAUGGUGACUAGGAUCCUUUGUCACUGUUGUUGUAAUGUUUCCUUCCGAGAGGAAGCUUUUACAGAUCUAUCCCUAGCAUUUCCACCGCCUAACAAGUUUCUACAAAGGUGUGAUCAUUCAAGUGACCCUAAUAUUUCAAUGAAGAUUUCUAGUGCAGAUAAUUUGAUAUCACAAGCUGAGCAACAACAGUCUCCAAAUAAACAGACACAAACAAAAUAUAAGGAGCAUCCAGUGCGAGUGGUACCAGUUGAAGUAUUUGGUACCCAUGGAAAAGCAAAGGAGGAGACUACGGCAUCUAGAAUUGGUUCCCUGCCACAGACUGAUUUUGCAGUGGCCUCGGGGGAGAAAAUAUGUGACUCAGCAGAUUGUAGAUCAGUGUCUGAUCUCAUUAACUACUUUCUUUCACCAGAAGUGCUGUCCGGCGAUAACAGAUAUUAUUGCAAUAAAUGUACCUCAUUACAAGAAGCAGAAAAAGUGGUAGAAUUAACUGGAAAUCCACAUUAUCUUAUCUUGACUUUAUUACGAUUCUCCUUUGAUCUUGCAACAAUGAAGCGCAGAAAGAUAUUGGAUAAUGUAUCAGUUCCUUUAGUCCUUAAACUACCCAUUAGGAUAAAUUCAAAGGAUGGACACAAAAUUUGUGGCAAAAAUCAACAAUAUAAAAUAGGAAACUGGAGCCCUUUUGUGGAGGAUACUAUGUAUAUGUCAAUUGUAUAUGACCUCUGUUCUGUAGUGGUACACUCCGGGAUAUCUUCUGAAAGUGGACAUUACUAUUGCUAUGCAAGAGAAUGUGUGGAUGCAGACCCUGUAAUCGGCCCAAGUGAAAUUUUGGGUGCUGAAGGUAGAACUGACGGAAAGUGGUAUUUGUAUAAUGACACCAGAGUUUCAUUUUCAUCAUUUGAAUCCAUCAGCAAUGUUACCAGUUACUUUCCCAAAGACACUGCCUAUGUGUUAUUCUACAGACAGCGAUUAACAGGACAGUCUUGCUCUGAUGGCGAACCUAUUACAGCUAAUGUGGGACUGUAUAGCGAAGUAAGAUUAAACAAAGAGUUGAUGGAAGCCAUUUCCAGGGACAACAUUCAGUACCUACAGGAAGAGGAAAAAGAAGCAAGGAAAAGAGCUGACCGUAUAACAUCUGUUAAUUCACCAUCAUGGUGGAGACGUUUCGAUGACGAUGAAAAUGGUGGAUCUUCCGGAAAUUGUGGACCAUCUGCUGGAGGAGGAAAUGAUUUGGGGUCCUUUGGACAUUUGAUUUUCUAAAUUUAAAUAAGGUCUCCUUCAUCCUCUACCUCAGUUGCAUUAUUUUGUGAUAGCUGCAGAACAUAGUCUUUUCAGGGGAUCAUUGGGGAUUUGUCUUUUUAGUUGCUCAAAAAUACUUGCCUGCUGCUUUGUAAAUGUUUGGAUUUUGGGAUUAUUGGAAAGCAGCAAUUGACAGUUUGCCCAAAUGCUAUAAAAUGCUUUUUUUGCAUGGAGUGUAAUAAAAUUCAACAUGUUUGGCAAAUGAUGGCUUCACUUCCAAUAUAAUGUAUUUCUUUCUUUGGGAAAUAUUACAUAUAUACUGUAGGAAUUUAGGAGCUAUUCAUAGUUUACUCAAUUAAUAAAUUUCAAUGAAGGUAGUUACAGAUUUUAUUACAUUUUAUUAUUGUACAAAGCUUUAUUUGAAACUUUUCCUCCCUGAAUCAGUUGCUUUAAAGAUAUGCCAACCAUUAUUUGAAUGCUUGGGGAUUCUCAGGGUCAGUGGUAGUUUAUUAAUCUGUAUUCGGAUACUUGUAAAGAACUAUGCAUUCUAAUGUCGCUCCCAGCAGCCCAACUGGCUUCAGGCAACUAUCUGUCCACAACACCCAUUCAUGCCUCUCACAAUAUCACUAACUUUGUACAACUACUUGGAAUUUCCAAUUCCCAAGAACAGAGCUGACUAUUCAUUGGGGGUGGAGGUGGAAGAAAUCUAUAGUAAUACUCAAUAUUGUCAUGGUUGACUCUUGUAUCAUGAGAAAUAGAAGCUUUGCAUGACAAAUUAUCUGCUUAGAAUAAUUAAUUUUUUGCACUUUGGAUUGGUUAGCUUUUAUGUGAUUAUUUUAUUUAACUUUUAAUUUUCAGGAGAUUUUCCUGAUUAAAUAAAGUUUUAUAUGCUGCUGUUAUUUUCAAUAUCCUUAAGUUGCAUCUACAGGACUUUUCAUAAAUGAUGUCUAAUUAAUAAUAUCCAUGUUGAAUGUUGGACUGCAAUAUUUCUUGAACUUAGUAAAUAUUAAUAAUAUCAGAUUUUUGCUGGCAGAAAUGGAGAACUUGUUGACUUGUGUCCUUUGCAUACAAAAUGGAAUUUUGUUAUUUGAUUCCUAUCUGUAGUACUUUACAUCAGUAGCAAUGGAGAUGAUUGGAAGCAAGGAAAUAUCUUAUUUCCAUGUUCUUGGCUGAAAUGAAAAUGGGCUGACUGAUGAAAGGUGGGCAAGAAAUCUUUCUAUACGAAAGAACAAACUUGUAUAGGGAUAGGCAAAGAUAGUAAGUUUCUUCUUUGUCAGAGAAAGUGUUCAUCUUUAUCUGAAUCUUGCAUGACUGAGUACUUUUUUUCUAAAAUGUGUAGAUGGGGGCUUGGUGUAGAGGAAGAGUUACAGGUGGGAAUGUUCUUGACUGAGUUCAUAUUUUUUGUUUUCAGAUCUGUGAAUUUUACCUCAAACCAAUAUGACAAACGCUGUUAUCAGCUCAUUGCAAUGUGCCUAAAUAAAGAAACAUGGGCAUGCUUUAUUCACUUUCUUCGCAAUACAAAUGGCUCAAAUCAGGAGAUCCAGUCAGAGUGGCAAUAAGCUUGUCCCAUUGGGGGGGGGGGGGGGGGGAAGACAUUUAGUGCUGUUUAACUGUAGUUAAGGGGGUAUAGCCAAUGGAAUCUCUGUUUAUAUUGUCGCAUUUAUAGGGUAGAAUGGCUUGAGUCUAUAAACUAAUUUCAUGUGUUCAUUUAAAUGUGUCAUUCUUUAAUUUAGAUGUGAGCUGAAAUACUUGAUUAGUAUAUGGAAUUAAAAUGUAGUUGCACAUCUUGAUUGCAAUACUAACAGCAGCAAGUUGAGCAUACUUCAGGCAAUUUUGAACCUCUUAAUUUAAGCUUUCCAAAAAAUUAACCAACUCCACUUUGAUAGUCUGUAAUGAUGUUCAAAGGUAAACUUGUCUUCUCUAGAACCCUUCUAUCAUUUAGUUAUAACAUUUUGUGGUUUGCAAAGCUUUUUGCUCUGAUUUUCAAAACUAGCUGGUCUGAAUCCACUGUUUCUUUUAAAUAUAGUGAUCACUACAAAUCUAUUGAAUUUCCCUCUUUAAGUAGGUGCUCAUGGUCUACUUUAGGAGUUAAAUCUUUAAGUGACAAUAAAAUCACCACGUUUCAACUUCUAAUCCUAAUUCUAGUUAUAGAUUUGGUUGUUCUCACCAUCUGCGUCGUUAAGUCUGUAACUCUUUUUGUAUUUUGUAGCUAGGGCAGGAAACACCAGUGUAAUUUUGAGCUUUUUUAAAUUUUAAAUCGAACAACUGAAAUUGGUAAUUUUGUCUUUGUAGUGGAUUGUAGAUUGGGAUAUAGAAAAUGUUAACAUGAACAAUUAACUUGCACUUAUGCUGUUUCUUAAAACAAUCAAGUUUGAAAUAUAAGUUUUAUCCUGUGUUUACAUAGAACUCUUGCACUCUGCCACAGCAACUGAGUAGAGCAAGCCUACUUUUUUGUAUUGCAUUUUAAAAUGUAAUCAACAUUUACAUAGCAAUCAGUUGAGUUAACCAAGAGAGUAGGCACAGGCAACCUCGGAGUUACAGCUGUUUGAGUAAUACACAAAUCACUAUCAGAAUGUUUGAGAUGAAGUGAAACUUAAUCUUACAGAAUUUUGUGAGUGGGGGAAGGAGUACAAUUUUUAGUAAAACUUUUCCACCCCUCAUUUCUUGAUGCACCCACAGAUGAUAUUGUAUUAUGAUAAACUAAUGAGAAGUGCUUUGUGUGGGAGAGCAACCUUACCGCCCUGCAUUACUCCCCAUUCCAUCAGUCACAUAACGUGUGGGUCACCAGUAAGAAGACUAAAGAAGGCUUUUUGCUAAUUAGUAAUUUCAAAAAUAGCAUCAGUGUACAAGGUGAGCCCAUUUUUAUUGCAACAGAAGUGCUAAUGAAGUUGUCCAUCAUUGCGAAUUCUCCCAGUGGCAUUUAUUUUAAGAAUUUUUAGAAUAAACUAAAAUUGUGCAUUUAUUCAGCAUUGCAAAUUAUCAUUAAGUAGCAGAUACCUACAAAAGGAAUGACAAUAAAUACUAUUAUAAUGUU